UAUGGAUACCACGGCGUCUCCACGUCCAGGAGGGAGGCUCUUCAGCAGAGGGGGAUAAGUCCGAGGAGAUGUCGGAGGACAACAUGGGAGAAGAGUCGAGCAGCCCGCCGGUCUCUCCGGCGGACAGUCUGAGCAACAGCGACGGCGAGCCGGACCGGCAGCCCAAGAGAGGCGGGAGGAAGAGGAGAGCGAGCAGGAAGAGCGCGGAGGACUCGGACAGUCCGACGUCCGGGAAGCGAGGGAAGAAGUCCGCCAGCAGCAGCGGCAGCCCUCAGUCCCUGGAGGACCUGCAGUCGCAGCGCGUCAUGGCCAACGUGCGCGAGCGCCAGCGGACGCAGUCGCUGAACGAGGCGUUCGCAGCCUUGCGCAAGAUCAUCCCCACGCUGCCCUCAGACAAGCUCAGCAAGAUCCAGACGCUGAAGCUCGCCGCCAGGUACAUCGACUUCCUGUGCCAGGUGCUGCAGAGCGACGAGCUGGACGCCAAAAUGUCCAGCUGCAGCUAUGUGGCCCACGAGAGGCUGAGUUACGCCUUCUCCGUGUGGAGGAUGGAGGGCGCCUGGUCCAUGUCCACAUCCCACUGACAUCCGGACCACUGGAACACUGACUGACUGACGCUCGAUCAACUCCAAAUCUGACUUUACUGACGGGAUCAUCUGGAGUCUAAUGCUGGAAACAUGGAAUCACUAUUUAAAGCGCAAGAGGCGCUGUGUUUUUGCCCCACACACACACUCCGAGGCUCGAGUGUCUUUGUGACGAAGAAUGUUCGCUUGUUUUCUCGUGUUUAUGAUGACGCCGUUGUGCUUAAACGUCUCAGUAUUACGCGUGUGCGACUGUGGAUGAAACCUGUGCAAAAGUCUUUCUCAGAAUACGUUUAUUUAUUUAUUGAAGUUACAAUGAAGGGGAGGAACAGACUACAUUCCUAUU